UGCUCUUUCUAUUAAUUUUGUCUGUUCCAACUUUUUGCAAAUCUAUAGUUUAAGGACAUUAUUUUAUUGACUGGUCUUAAGCAGGUUGCUCUUAGUUAAUCUGCGUGAAAAAUUAUUUGAUCACAGUAGACCUUCCGCACUUCUUGUAGCGAUAUCUUAGCUCUAGUUUGUUCAUCGCUCUAGUACCAAAUUCGAAUCAAGUAGCCAAACGUUGAGUAAACUGUCAGUGUUUGGUUAUCGUGUUUUACUAUCUGGUUAUCUGCGAUUCGAAGCCAAAUUACCAAUUUUUGCAUUAGAUAUCAUUCUUAGAUAUCGUAUUCAAGCUCACACACUCCUCGAGAGCUGCGUGCUGUAAAUUAUUAAUCAUUAUCUUUGAUUUGACUUGACCUGAUUUUAAAUCCGAAUUAACUUGCAAUAAAUUCAUCUGCAAUGACGAACGAAGCUUUCGUUACGCUAGUCACAAAUGAUAGCUAUGCUAAAGGAGCGUUGGUUUGGGGUCAGUCGCUGCGCAACUGUGGUACGACGAAGAAAUUGGUAAUAAUGAUCGGAUACAAGCCGGAACCGCCCCUGCAAGCUGUCAUGGAGAAGACCUUUGACGAACUGGUGUACGUUUCAUUGAUGGACAGCGGGGACACUACUCGACUUGCACUGAUGGCUAGACCAGAAUUAGGAGUUACCUUCACCAAGCUGCAAUGCUGGACUUUGACUCACUACACCAAGUGCGUAUUCAUGGAUGCGGAUACCUUGGUUGUAGAGAACAUAGACGAUCUGUUCGAGCGCGAGGAGUUUUCUGCAGCUCCAGAUGUCGGCUGGCCCGACAUGUUCAACACCGGAGUUUUUGUCUACAAACCCAGCAUGGAAACUUACGGAAAGCUCCUGGAGCUGGCCAAGAGUGAAGGAUCUUUCGACGGUGGAGAUCAAGGACUUUUGAAUGCCUACUUUAGUGACUGGGCUUUCAAAGAUAUCACUAAACGACUACCAUUUAUAUACAACAUGGCUGCAAACUUGACAUACAGCUACUUACCAGCGCUGCUGAGAUUUGGAACCGAAGUGAAAGUGGUGCACUUCCUGGGCCAGAGCAAGCCCUGGAACUUCGGGUACAGUGCGGAGAGUGACAAUGUGUACGGAGGAAGUAUGGCCGACAACAUGUUCCAGACGACCAAGCCUUUCAUCAGGACCUGGUGGAAAGUCUACAACCACAAUGUGGAACCCCUCUUCGAAAAGAAACCAGAGGGCAGCGUCGACGUGCCUGAAUAUCCCAAGAGUUCCGCACCUGUGAGCAGCGAAACUAAUGGAAGUGAAGGCGGCAAGGCAAGUGGAGCUGCAACUCCUGACCAGUGGGAGCGAGGGGAUAUCAACUACACUGGCUCUGAUCGAUUCCACAACAUCCAGCGACACUUGGACGCAAUGAUAUACAAAAAUGCUAAUGACUACUGAGAAAGCUAACUAUUGAAAACUGAUGCUGUACGAACGUAUAUAAUUUGAUGAUUAUUCUCUCACUUUUUUGUCUGAUCGUGUAAUCUAAUUGAAUCUGCAUGAUUAGCUCGCUUACCCAUUUGA